GCGGGAAGAGGGCAGGGAAAUCAAGGGAAAGAGUGGAGGAGAGGUGGGGAGAGAUCAGGGGGAAGAGAUGGGGAGAGAGUAAAAGCGGGAGGGUGGUGGAGACAUGGGGAGAGAAAGAGGACCGGGGAGGGAGAGAGGCGGGGAGAGGCAGAGUCCCAAGGAGAUCUGGAGAGACAGAGGAAGACACGGGAAAGUGGCAGAGAAGGAACUGGGGCACACAGCAUUUGGAACUCGUUGGGUUCCCAGAGGUUAGGGGAAUCCACAUUCCUAUGUGGUCUCAGCCUUCCAGUUCUUCCAUGGUUUUCCCCCGGGGCUUCAAAGAGAAGAAGGAGGAGGCGGCCGUGGAGAGAAGGAGCUGGAGAGGGUGGGCGAGUCAGGGUUCUUCUCCCCAUCCUCCUGAGACAUCCCUCACCCGCCUUCCCAGGAUGCUGCAAGAGGUGGAGACCCUGUGCUCCUCCACCACCGGCAACCCCAGCAUGCACAGGGAGGCAGGAGCCCUCCUUGUGGACAUGGAGACCCUAGAGGAGACGCAGACUCGGAGCCUGGGCAGGCCUGUCAGAUCCUCGAAGCAGUACCUGCGUCAGGUCAUUGCAGAAUACGAGGCGCUGGACCGAGAGCUACCAUGCCUCCGGAGGUUUCCCACACCGCCCGCUGCCCAGCCUCUCUGUCUGUGCAUGGAGACCUCGCCAGAGGAGGACUUUACCCAUCUGGAGGUGCUGGAGGCUCUGGAGGCCGAGUUACCCGGAGCCAUGGAGAGCGGGCGCGUGACCAGUAUCCGUUUUGAAAAUACGAACGUCAUCUGUGGGACGGCGGGGUGCCGGGACAGGUGGCUCAUCACGGUCGCGGACUUCCAGACUCGCUCGCGUCUGCUGCGCUGCGGCCUCCGCCUCCGCGGGCUCGGGCACCCGCUGGUGCGCCACGACGAGCUGCUGCUGGCCGAUUACCGCCUGCACCUGCGCCGCUCCCUGGUCCGGCGGCGCAUGCUCGAGGCCCUGGGGGCGGAGCCGACCGCGGAAGUCUAA